GCCUGAUAGUGCAUUAUAACGUUGUGCGACGAACCCUAGUUCCUAUAAAAGGCGGAACAGCGAGUCCGCCGACCAAUUGCCAGUUCGCAGCGAUUGCCUUACUCAAGCGCCGCAUCGACGAUCGAGAAAAUGGCGCCGAAGAAGGACAAGGCUCCGCCUCCGUCUUCGAAGCCGGUAAAAUCUGGCGGUGGCAAACAGAAGAAGAAGAAGUGGAGCAAGGGAAAGCAGAAGGAGAAAGUGAAUAAUGCAGUUCUAUUUGACCAGGCGAACUACGACAAAAUGCUCUCCGAAGUCCCCAAAUACAAGCAGAUCACGCCUUCCGUGCUGUCCGAGAGACUACGGAUUAAUGGAUCCCUUGCAAGGAGGGCAAUAAAGGACCUGAUGGCCAGGGGUGCCAUUCGAAUGGUAUCUGCUCAUUCAAGCCAGCAAAUCUACACCAGAGCCUCCAAUACUUGAGUGCUAAAUUGCUGCGUGUUUUAUUAUAUAUUUGCUCACUAUGUGUAUUACAAUUCUGCAGGUAUGCUGAUUUUUUAGUUGUUCAGUUGCGAUAAUUAAAAUAGAAAAUGGCUUUAAAAAAUUA